AUAGGAAAACGAACUACUUAGCCAGCUGGUUAGUCUCGGAAAUAAAGAACCCAGCAAGAGUCGGACGUGGGGUAAAAUACGAAUAUAGACCUAAAUAGAGGGGCGUAUUGUGCCAACCGUAUUGACGGUCGGUAUCCACGGACAGAUCUUUAACUAGACGCAUCUGAAUGGAUGAACUGAGAUAAGUGCGGAGUGGAGGGAAAAGGCAGAAAUGAGCAACAGCAAAGGUGCCCAUGCAGUGCGGUGUUCAUUGAAGCAAAAGACUAAAAAGUGAGGUCAAAGUAAUGGAAAUGAUUCAUCUAGGAUCGUAGUUGGGACCAUGAAGAGAGAGCUGAUGGCAAAAGGCUGAAGCAAAAAAGACACUCUCCCCCCCACCCCCCCCCCACCCCAGGAUUUCCCUGGUUCUCUUACCUCCUACCCAAUCCUCCCUAUCCUUUCCUUUUUGCUUCUGCGUCCCUCUUUCCCCACCCCACACCUCCUCUUGCUUUCUGUGUACUCUCCAGUUUGUUCACUUAUUACUCAAACAUUCCUGUGAUGGACAUACGUAAACUAUGAAAGUGUUAACUUAUUUAUUAAAUCACAAUACGUGUUUCCCUAACAACCAGUCUGCCUGCUCAUGUCUUCUGUCUGUCAAUCAUUAAAUCAACUCUCCUGUGCUGCAAGUGUGCCUUUUCCCCUUUCUUAAGGUAGCUGUUAAUACCUACAGUGCCGUGAUUGAAUCUCUGUGUGUCAUUUCACUGUGCAGCCCCCUUGUUUUCCUGUUUGUGUCAUUGGUGUCUCCGCUUUGUCUUACAAUUAACUCCUAUUCUUCCUGUGCUCACAUUGGGCCAUGAUCCGCAAGAAAGGUUCCUUUAUAUUGUGUGGUGCUUUCUUAUUUGUCGCCUGGAAUGCAUUGCUUCUCCUUUUUCUCCUGGGGCGACCUCCCCCAAAAAAAGAGGAGGAGUGGAGAGUGGCUGGAGGGAGAGGGGGUGGCGAUCUGGCUCAGGAAGUGAUCCGACUGGCUGAAGAAGUGGAAUCUCAGCUUGAGACCCAGAAGAAACUUCUGAAGCAGAUAUGGAGCCACUGGUCACAAUGGGAAUCACAGAAAGGAAAUGGAAAGAGAGUGAUAGAUAGCGGGAAGGAAGGAAAGCAAGCACAAGAAUUCAGAAACCCUCAGCAGUUGCCACAGCUUCUUCAGAAAUAUCUCAGUUUAGACCAAAAAAAAGGAAAACGGCUGCAAGAUUUUAUGAUUGCACCUAUUCCCAACUCAAAUCUGGGAAGCAAUGAUAAAGAGCAGGCCGUGAACAGAGACAAAUUAGCUAGCAGCAUUACCACCACUGAAGAUAUAAUUCCUAUCUUGGUUAUCGCUUGUGACAGAGUCACAGUGAAGCGGUGUCUGGACAAAUUAAUACAGUAUCGCCCCUCAGCUGAACUUUACCCAAUCAUAGUCAGCCAGGACUGUGGGCAUGCAGAAACUGCACGUGUGAUUGAGUCUUUUGGCAGCCAGGUGACCCACCUUAGGCAGCCCGACCUUUCAGAUAUUCAGACGCGGCCAGAACACAAGAAGUUCCAGGGUUACUACAAAAUCUCCAGACACUAUCGAUGGGCUCUCAGCCAGGUGUUCAACACUUUCUCAUACUCCUCUGUUGUGAUUGUGGAGGAUGACCUAGAGGUGGCACCAGAUUUCUUUGAGUACUUCAGAGCCCUUUAUCCCAUCUUGCGCUCAGAUCCAACUCUGUGGUGUGUGUCAGCCUGGAAUGACAAUGGGCGCGAGGGGCUGGUGGACCUGGGAAAACCUGAGCUCCUUUACAGAACAGACUUCUUCCCUGGACUAGGCUGGAUGCUGCUGAAGGAACUCUGGGCAGAACUGGAGCCAAAGUGGCCUGCUACAUUCUGGGAUGAUUGGAUGCGUCAGCCAGACCAGCGUAAGGACAGAUCCUGCAUCCGACCAGAAGUAUCCCGAACUUUGACAUUUGGGCGCAAGGGUGUUAGCUUAGGUCAAUUUUUUGACCAGUACCUACGAUACAUUAAACUGAACACUGAGUUUGUGCCUUUUACCAAACUGGAUCUCUCUUUCCUUCUCCAUGAGAGAUACAAUGAGGUGUUUAAAAAAGAGAUUUACAGCGCUCCCUUGGUGAAUGUUGAAGACCUACAGAAGGGGGGUAUGUUGAGGGGGGCAGGUCCAUUUCGAGUGCAGUACUCAAGUAAAGACAGUUUCAAGGUCCUGGCUCGCAAUUUGGGAGUGAUGGAAGACUUGAAGUCAGGAGUUCCAAGGGCAGGAUACAGGGGUGUGGUCAGCUUCAUGUCGCGAGGACGAAGGAUCUACUUAGCACCUCCUAGUGGCUGGACCAACUAUGACACCAGCUGGAGUUGAGAAUUGGUGAUAGUGGGAAGGGAAGGGAUGAAAAGACAAAGAACAGAGGGUAUCAUUGAAGAAUAUGCCUAUGCUGGACAAGAAAACUCAUAAACCAAAGAAAAAGAUAAAAAGGCUACACAGCAAAAUGAAUGGGGAGGUUAAGACAUUGGGGGUGGGAAAGGGAGAGAGAGAGUAAAAUCUGAAGUAGAGGCAGUGACAUUGGAGCAGAACCACAGAUGAUUAAUGAGUGGGGAGUAGAGGACACUCCCUGGGAGACUAAUCAGGCAGAAUGGAUUCUCUCCUAUGAGAUCUUUCCUUCUCUCUCAGUCCCCUUAUUGCUGAGUAGAUUUUUCCAUACUGGUUUCUCAGAACACUUUCUCCAUUUUAAUCUUCCAUAGGGAAGGGACUGUAUUUUGGUGUCAGGGCAA